CUUCCGACUCACCAUCAUUCUUCCACUUUUCCAUCAUAUUCCUUUUCGUUCAGCGACGACACAACGAUUAGAUUCAUGACAUUUCAGCUCCUCGUUACUCCUACUGCAGUAUAGAGCAUCCUCUUCCAUCAAACACAUCACAUUCUCCCAAUAUGUCGCUUUGCAAAGCUACCAUGCCCUCGCCGGUGACAUCAUCCGCCACGAUCCUCACCUGGCUCAGACAGUCCUCCUCCAGACGCUCGACGCAGACCUGCCGUCUAUUCUCCUCAUACGGCAAUUCUCACCGGUCCUCGAAGCGCGAAUUGCAGACUGCCACUGCCUACCGUCCUCACUCGCUGCCCACCUCCUUCCCGCCGCCCCGGAACACGGGCAUCUCUGACACUUCCAUCGCCGCCGACUUCCCUUCCCUUCGUGAGAUGUCCCAGCCUCAGCUGCCCGGCCAGCAGGGCCUGUCCGACCUCAGCCUCCGGGAAAGUGAGGCCCAGAAGUCCAAGCCUGCGCCCGCUCCUGCUGCUGCCGAAAAGACCGCCGCCAAGCCCACCGAGAAGCCCCGGCGCAAGCUGCGUGCCAGGAAGGCCGCGAUGAAGCUGACCCCCGUGGCUAUUGAGCAGCUUCGCAAACUCCUCUCACAGCCGGAACCCAAGCUGAUUCGAGUCGGUGUGAAGAACCGUGGCUGCUCCGGUCUCGCCUACCACCUGGAGUACGUGGAGAAGCCGGGUGCUUUCGACGAAGUAGUGGAGCAAGACGGUGUCAAGGUUCUCAUCGACAGCAAGGCAUUGUUCAGUAUAAUCGGCAGCGAGAUGGAUUGGCAGGAGGACAAGCUGAGCAGGAGAUUCGUUUUCCGCAACCCGAAUAUUAAGGAAGAGUGUGGAUGCGGUGAAUCCUUCAUGGUCUGAUUUAUGAAACUGAAAUUGGCACCUUUCAUAUGUUUCGAGUUCAUAAUUAUGCGGAUUCAUGGGUUUUCUCGCGUUUGUGCAUUGGCCGGCGUUUUACUGGUGGCGGGUUUGGCGGGUUCGGAUAAUCCCUUCUUUUAUUGCUUCAUGCUGGACAUACAUUGAUUCCCGGGCAAUGAGCCCACUACUGUGCAAUAUAUCUACUUUGUCAUAUGAUCGACGGCACUGCAUGAUACCGCAGGCAACAUUUGUUGAAGAUUCAGCGACACAAGCCGUGAUCAAUCAUUACUUUAUUACUACUUUAUGUAGGACCAUCGUGAAUACAACAACAAGCUUAAAU